AUGCGAAUACGACUCCCGGUUGCAGGCGUCUUCCUGCUCCUACUCCUCAUUGCCGCCUACGCUGGAUUGACUUCAAUACAACUUGGCCAAUAUGUCAACGACAAGGUGCUGCACUUCACCACCUUCUUUGCGCUUACCGUUGCGUUUUACUGGAUUGUCGAUACGAAUCGAAGACGUGUUAUGAAUAUGACUUUGGUCGUUUGCACAAUCGUUCUUGGUGUCGGUUCCGAAUUCGUCCAAAGCUUCCUCGAUAACGGUCGGGAGUUUGAUCUAUACGACAUUAUUGCAAAUGUGAUAGGAAGUUUGUUAGGUGUUGGUCUUUGCUCGUGGUACCACAAGCGUAUGCUCGAGCGCAAGCGACGUAGACGUUACAGUGCUGUUCCUGGCGAAGAGCAGGGUGAUGUUGAGCUCGGCGAGGGUCACGAGUCUGGCGUCGUGGAAGGAAAUAGUCGCUCUCAAACGUUGGAAGAGGAGGUGGAUAACUGGGACGAGAACGAGAUCGAUGAUGACUGGGACGAGGACGAAACACAUCAGACUUCAACCAACACUAAGGCGUUGGAAAGUAACGCGGACAAUGGUGACUUGGGAGAUACAAAGAAGCGAAUGGACUAA